CGAUCCAAAUGGUUACUGACGAGUACGACUUCUCACGUGCUGUAGUGGAGAUGGCUUGGAUCAUGUUGAGGAUCGAUUACUCGAGACUAUUCUGGCUCUUAUUCGGUGUCUUCUCUUACGAAAAUCACGAAGGAAAGCCUCGGAUCUGACCUAAGCUUAGCUUUCCUUUCCUUCCCUCAAUUCCUUUCUCCCUUCCUCAAAUUCUAAAUCCAAGUACUGAACAAUAAUAAAAAAAGCGGUUUUUCUCCCCCGCCUUGUUCGUAUCGUCGUCGUCGAGUUCAUCUCGGAGAAACCAAAAAUGUCUAAAGCGCGAAUUGCAGAGCGUGUUCGAGGAGCUGCUGCGGCUGACUCUGAGUACGUUGAAACCGAUCCUACCGGCCGAUAUGGACGUUUCAAAGACAUUCUAGGCAAAGGAGCAACGAAGACAGUAUACAGAGCAUUUGACAGAGUCCUAGGGAUGGAGGUGGCAUGGAGCCAAGCAAAGCUCAACGAUGUCUUUCGAUCACGGGAGGAAUUGCAGCGGCUCUACUCGGAGGUGCACCUCCUCAGCACCCUCAAACACGACUCCAUUAUCCGUUACUACACUUCUUGGAUCCAUGUGGACCAGAGAACCUUCAAUUUCAUCACCGAACUCUUCACCUCUGGCACACUCAGAGAGUACAGACAGAAGUACAGGAGUGUGGACAUCCGAGCUGUAAAGAACUGGGCCCGUCAGAUCCUACGUGGACUUGUGUACUUGCAUGGUAAUGAUCCUCCGGUAAUACAUAGAGACCUCAAGUGUGAUAAUAUCUUUGUCAACGGUCAUCUUGGACAAGUCAAGAUCGGUGAUCUAGGAUUAGCGGCUAUUCUUCGUGGGUCCCAACCGGCACAUAGCGUCAUAGGAACACCGGAGUUCAUGGCACCGGAACUCUAUGAAGAAGAGUACAAUGAGCUCGUCGACGUCUAUUCCUUCGGCAUGUGUGUAUUGGAGAUGCUUACAGGGGAGUAUCCCUAUAGCGAAUGCUGCAACCCUGCCCAAAUCUACAAGAAAGUGACUUCGGGAAAGCUACCCGACGGAUUCUACCGGAUCCAUGACAAGGAAGCCCAAUGUUUCAUAGGAAAGUGUUUGGAGACAGCCUCAAAGAGGUUAUCUGCCAAGGUACUAUUACAAGAUCCUUUCCUUGCGUCUGACCAAGAAGAGGCCUUGCCAGCACCCGUUCCUGUUCCUCUUCCAAAGGAUGAAAACCACAAUCCCAGUGAAGAAGAUGAAGAUGAUGUUGAUGAUGAUGCUGAGGAAGCCUUGGCCAAUUCAGAAAAGCGUGUCGAUAUCACAAUUAAGGGAAAGAUGAAUCCUGAAGAUGACACCAUCUUUCUUAAAGUACAAAUUGGAGAUAAGGAAGGUUGUGUUAGGAAUAUAUUUUUUCCUUUUGACAUUGUAAACGAUACUCCACUAGAUGUUGCAACUGAGAUGGUGAAAGAGUUGGAGAUAAAUGAUAGAGAACCAACUGAGAUUGCUGAAGUGAUUGAAGAGGAGAUCUCUGCUCUGGUACCGAACUGGAGGGUCUGGGUACCAUCUCCAGACCAUACUCUUCAACAUACCUUCAGCUACCACGAAGAUGACGAUGGCGAUGGGCCUCAACAUCCAUUCUAUAUCUCAUCUUCAUGUUCUUCCCAAGCUUCUCUUUCAGGGCUGAGAACUUCGACCCACAACAACUCUCGUGGAGAUGAUGUGGUUUAUAGCUCCGACUGGCCUCCAGGAGAGUCAGGUUUGUUUGAUACCAGCUCUCAAAGCUCUGCACAUUCCGGCAAAUACUCCAACUUGAAUGACUAUUCAACCAUCGAACAUGAUUUGGAUACAGGUCCCAGAAGAAAAGAACACAAUCACCAGCACCACCAUAAUGUAGCAAGCCACAAGUCCACAAGAUUCUGCCCUGAAGAGAACUCGAGAAGAGGUCGUCGCACUAGUAAUGUGAACUGUUGCAAGCAAUGCAAGAUGAUUACAGGACUCCAACGAAGCCCUAGUUCCUGUGAUCAAAUAGCACUAGAUACCCGUUACCUGAUCGAUGUUCGGAGCCAAUUGUUGCACCAGUCUUUGGUUGAGGAACUGAACAAACGGCGGUUGUUCAAGACUAUUGGAGCUGUGGAGAACAUAGGAUUUCGAUCACCUUGUGAGUAUUCCGGCAAGGCCUCUCAAGAAAUUGGUUCUUCGAGGGUCUCCAGAGGUAAACAUCUAUAAUUUCAUAUGCUUGGAGCCUGAAGGAACUAAUGACACUCAAGAAUUUUAGAAGUAAAUGAGAGUGGUGGACUGAGGGAAUCAUGAUGCACAUAUAGACUUGUAUGUACAUAGGAAUGGUUAAUUUGCUUUAUGGAUGAAAGCAGUAAUCUGCCCUAGCAUGUAUUUA